UUUGCCCCUCUCUAUAAAAACCUCCUUUUCUCUCCUCCCUAAACUUUUCCGCCUCCUCCAUCGCCGCCGCUGUCCACGGCGGAGCCACCACUCCCGCCGCCGUCUCUCCGCCUAGAUCCGCCGUCUGCGUCUCCGAUUUCGAGUUUUUUAAAUUAAUUUCGUUUUUCUCUUUCAAAUCCGUCUAUUGAAAAUUUUCAGUAAUUUUAGUUUUUUUUUUCUCGAAAUUUUUGUUGUUUUUUUAUAUUUAGAUUUAAUUUUUUUACUGUUUCCAUAUUUUUCUGCGUCAAUAAAGACGCAAUUUAUCUGUUUUUUUUGGUCUUCCUUUCGUUAAAUAUUACUAAACCGGGUUUUUUUUUGGCCGUUUUGUUGCAAUGAAAAAUUAAUUAUCUUUUGUAUAAGUAUUUAUUAAUUUUCUUAUUUUUUAAAUUUUCGUGAACCGACUUUUUAUGCCCAUUAAGAAUCUCGCUGACGUGGCACCUUACUCUUUCCCAUUAUUCCCGAAUAAAACGGACGGUCACGAUGAGCUAUAACGCGCGUAGAAUAGUAACGCCCGGGCCGUCACGGAAGCGGAAAGAAAGGGAGGUGUUUUAUUCUGCCACGUCACCAAGAUCGUUAGCGCCAGUAACGUCCGUUAGUGGGUCAGUUCAAGCUACGACUUCCCAGGCAGCCGUGCAGCCGCCGCUCUCAUCCAAUCGGCUCCUAGCCGGCUACAUGGCUCACGAAUUCCUGAACAAGGGCACGCUGUUCGGGCAGAAAUUCGACCCGGCUCGAGCCGAGGCCGUGCCGGUCAGCUCGGCGGAUCCGAAGAGAAGCAAGCAGAGUCAAAGCCAGGCCCAGAUGUACACAGAAGCCGAACCCACUGGCAAGCCGAAGCCGAAGCCAAACCCGAACCCGAAUCCGACGCCCAAUGGAUAUGCUGAGGUGGCACAUUUACUGAAGAGCGACGGAGCACAUAUACCGGGUGUAGUGAACCCCACCCAGCUAGGCAGGUGGCUCCAGCUGUGACUUCCUAGGACACGUGGAGAGCUGUGAUUGGGUGGCAUUUGAGAUCUCGCGUCAUACCGCGCCGUAGCGUAUAAAAUCUCCUCUCCUCUUCCUCCUCCUCCUCCUUCAGGUGAUGUGUACGGGCAAAUAGGAGUUCAAAUUUUCUGCUGCUCUGAACAUCCAAAACCCUCACAUAAUUUCGUGUUUUAUUUUCUUCUUCUUCCUCUUUAAAUUUACUCUUACAUUAAUCUCCAACAUUUUCGGUUUUCGUAUUAAAAAAAAAAAAAUAAAUUGUUGAUCUGCUUUGGUAUGUGAAUAUAUAAAUAUUAUUGCAUGCAUGUGAUAUUUUGAUUAGGUUAUAUAUGCCCAUAAAAAUUUCUAUUUGGCUGUGUGAAUUUAGGGAUUAUUUUGUCUACCCUUUUCUGAUUGAACUUGGAUCAGAUGUAUGCAUAUAUAUAUAUAUAUGUAUAUUUAGAUAGUUGUAAUGUAGAGAUGUGAAAAGCUACAUUGAGAAUUUGGACAAGAUAAGUUGAACCUCGUUAUUUGGAGCAUGUCGGAAUAUAAUGCAUCAAAAUGAUACUAUGUUUUAGGGCUCCAUU